AUGACUGCCUUCUCAGAGCACAACACAAAGUUGGUGAGGGAACUGGUGGCCAAUCAGGACCUAAUGAAUCUCAACAGCAAUCUGAGUACAGCCAAUCACAUAUUGCAGAGUGAUUAUAGCAAUGUUAGCACUGCAAACCAACGUUUAGCGGCUGAGAAAGAAAAGAUGUCAAGAGAGAGGGAUAGACUGAACUGGAAUCUUCGGGUCAUAUAUCAGCUUGAUGAUUUUCCUGUCAAGAAAUAUUGUUCACAAAAAAAUGGCACAGGAGAGAGAGCGUGUAACUCUUGUCAACAUGGCUGGAUGUUGUUCAAAUCUAGUUGUUACCUGAUUUUGCACCCUGCCGCUCCAUGGAAGACCUGGACACAAAGCCAACAAUAUUGCAAACAAGAGAAUGCUGAUUUGGCUGUCAUUGGCAGCCAAGAGGAACAGGAAUUCAUUAGUAACCACACUCAACACUACUAUGAUGAACAUCAUGGGUACUGGAUCGGCCUGACUGACAAAGCUAAAGUCGGCCAAUGGCUCUGGGUUAACGGAAGUAAUCAGAAUCAGACUGAUGGGUUUUGGAACAGUCAAACUGGAGGUAAUUGCGUGGUAACUGUCCCAAAUAAUGCACCAUUGGCUAAUUGGAAGGCUGCAUCGUGUUUCAUGGAGAACCGUUGGAUCUGUGAGAGUAGAGCAUUAAUAUGGUCAGAUUAAAUUGAGUUUUAUUCUUCUAAUUUAAGGACCCAUGACAUCUGUCUGUUGGGGCCAAUUCGAAUUCACUCAAUUCAGGAAGUGAUUUAAAUAUCAAAUUCACAAUGGAAAACCUUCAUUGGCUGACCCCAACAUGGGUCUGUUUUGCACGUUUUUUAUAUGUUAACAAUCAAGGAUCUGUUGUAAUGUAGCUAUAGUGUAUUAAAAAAAUUAUGUUUAGUUUUGAGCUUUCAUAUAAAUCAGGCACAUUUUCUUUAAUAUUAAUAAUUUCACUUUGACAAUGAAUUAAUGUUUUUCUAAUGUCUUAUUGUAUUAUGUUCUGUAC